GGGUUUGCGUUCGUGCGGUGACGGUGGAAGGAGGUGAAAGAUGGCGGCGGUGUUGCUGGUGCGAGCGGCGGUUUGUCGGAGUGGCGGGAGGCUGGCGCGAACGGCAGUGAUGUCAAUAGCCCAACGGUCCAUGGCGCAUUUCACCUUCGUGCCGGACCCUGAGCCCAACCCUGCACAGUAUGGUCCAACUCAGAAGAUGAACCUUUUUCAAUCCAUUACAAGUGGCUUGGACAAUGUUUUGGAGAAAGAUCCAACUGCAAUGAUUUUUGGAGAGGACGUUGCCUUUGGAGGUGUUUUCCGGUGUACAGUUGGACUCCGGGACAAAUAUGGAAAAGAACGAGUGUUCAAUACUCCUCUCUGUGAACAAGGUAUUGUGGGAUUUGGAAUUGGUGCAGCAGUUACAGGAGCCACAGCCAUUGCAGAAAUACAGUUUGCAGAUUACAUCUUUCCAGCCUUUGAUCAGAUUGUUAAUGAAGCUGCUAAGUAUCGCUAUCGCUCUGGGAACUUAUUUGACUGUGGAAGUUUAACAAUUCGAGCACCUUGGGGAUGUGUCGGUCAUGGAUCGCUCUAUCAUUCUCAGAGUCCUGAGGCUUUCUUUUCCCAUAUUCCUGGAGUUAAGGUGGUUAUUCCAAGAAGCCCUAUCCAGGCCAAGGGAUUAUUGCUAUCAUGCAUAGGGGACAAAAAUCCUUGUAUCUUCUUUGAACCUAAAAUUCUUUACAGAGCUGCUGUGGAGCAAGUUCCUGUAGAAGCCUAUCAAAUCCCUCUUUCGCAAGCAGAGGUCCUGCAGGAGGGAAAUGAUGUAACACUUGUUGCCUGGGGAACUCAGGUUCACAUUAUGAGAGAGGUGGCCAGCAUGGCUCAGGAGAAGUUGGGAGUCUCAUGCGAAGUAAUUGAUUUGAAAACGAUUCUGCCUUGGGAUAUUGAGACUAUAUGCAAGUCUGUUGUGAAAACUGGGCGGUUGCUAAUUAGCCAUGAAGCUCCAGUAACAGGAGGAUUUGCUGCGGAGAUCAGUUCCACAGUUCAGGAAGAAUGCUUUCUUAAUCUGGAGGCACCGAUCAGCAGGGUCUGUGGAUAUGAUACCCCUUUCCCGCACAUCUUUGAACCCUUUUACAUACCGGAUAAAUGGAAGUGCUUUGAUGCUGUGCGGAAAAUGAUAAAUUAUUAAGUGCGGCAGAGAGUUAAGCGUGGACUGGAUUUUGCUGCAUUUUCCAGAGGUCUGUCAUGUUGUAUCCAGACCAAUUCUCAUUGCCCAAAAUAUGAGUUAGCUGCUGUAGCAGAGAAGAUACGAAACCUGUCACAGCUGCAGCAUUCCUGGAAAUCGCAAAAAAAAUGACUACGUGUAUACUUUUCUAUUUAGUCACAAGGGAAAAGGUUGAGCUUUAAACCAGGUUUGUCUUAAGGCAACAAAUUCUUCUGUACUUCUGAUCUAAAGGUGGAUUAAAAUGUUUCUCUACCAUUAUUUAUCUGUAUUUUAGACUGGUUGGUAUUGGUAUUGAGUCUGCAAAAUUGAUUAUGGUUCUCUUUUUGCAUUAAAUGUGCUCAUCCAGUGUAAUAGCAACGAAAGUAAUUUUUAUUACACAUACGGAAAUAAAAAACAUAUAUGUACUUAAGUUUCUGAAAUAAUUUGUGAUUUUUUUUCUUGGCCUCUUCAGAAUGAAGAUGGUGCUGUACAUUUUAAUUAAUUUGCUGUGAAAUCAAUUUUGUUUGAAGACUGAAUUUUUAUAAAUGUCACCUGAAAUUACAUUUUAUCUUGCAUGUAAUGGGAUGAUAUCAAAGCGUUAAGUAAGGUAAUGCAUUGGCAAAUGGACCUUAAAAGUUAAACUCAUUAUGCCUGUUGUAUUAAAGAUUGUAAAGAUAACAUGGACUUCAGUCAAAAUAUGUAUGUGAGCCAAGCAUAUAACUCAGAAUUCUCAAUGAUUCCAAAUCCCAUAUUAACCUCAACUGUAAAAUACAAGAUAGCUGCCUUUUACCACCUUA